CACAGUGAGGUCAGAAAAGAGACAGUGAUAAAUGGUAGAGAGAACAGCAGUGCAGAAGAACGUGUGAACUCUCAAGCAGCAAAAGAAAGUCUUGUGGGGAAGGAAGACCCGCUCCUGCUCCAUCGACCUCAUGGUGUGCAAACAGUCUUUUACGAAUUAUCUGGAUCAACAGUCAAACUCCUUGGAACUCCCAGACAUAACUCUGAAAUGCUUGUUUUAGACAGACUAAUAGAACUGGAUACAGCAGAGUUCUUGCAAUACCAGGAAAGUCAAGGUCACAGCCCAACACGGAAUGAAGAAAAUGAAGGCUGCUCAUAUUCAACGGAGGUGACUUGGCGCCAGCCUUUCUAUUCAGAUGACAUCAGACCAGUGACCCAAAAGGGUAUUCAGAGACCCAAAAGACGUCUAGCUCUGAUUCCCAGGUCUAAACUUUCUGAGGAAGAGAGUCGCAUUAAAGUUGUUGAUUCCUUGAGGGAGGUCCUACAAAAAAGGUUGGAUGAUUCUCCUGACCUCAAUAUACAAGAAGAUGCUGUUCUGAGGAUAGCAAAGAAGGUGGAGAAGGCGCUCUUUAACCUUUCCUGCAGUGUUGACCAACAUUACAAAAAUAAGUAUCGCAGCUUGCUCUUCAAUCUGAAGUCUGCAAAAAACCAGCAUCUUUUCUGCAAGGUGAUACUUGGGAUGAUCUCUCCGAAGAAGCUCGUUCAGAUGAAUGCUCUAGAGCUGGCACCUGAGGACCUAGCAGAGUGGAGAGCUAGAGAGAGGAAGCAUGCUCUAGAAGUUAUAGAGAAAGAAGAACGCGAAGCCCCAAGGUGCUGCCUGACCAAAUUCACCCAUAAAGGAAUCAUAGAGAUACACAGAGAAACAGAUGAAGACUUGAUGUUCCAAGAAAUAGUUGUGAGUAGGUUCAGCAUUCAAGCAAGCCACAGCCAACUGUGCGCACCCGCUAUUCAGCAGCAGCAGUGGAACCUUGGAGCCAUUGGCAGACCCAUUAGUGGUGGCAGCAGUGCCGAGGAGCUGUUUGCAGACCCAUCUGGCUGCAGCUGGAGUGGAAUAUUUCCUCUCUGCAAGUUUUGUGGGCCUCCCCCUCUGGCUCUGGACAAGCAACUCUGGGGGAGAUCCAACAAGAGACCAGGGCUGGAGUGGAGGAGGUCUCACCAUGCCUGCUCAGAGAAGCUCAGGGCUAGCUGGGAAAUGAGUGGGGCUCAGGAGUGCGGGAGUGCCAAAUGGCAAAGAAAAAAGGGCUAUGUGGCUGUGCUGUAG